AAUUAAAAUUUGUGAUUUGGAGAGUACUUGAUAAAUGAUAAGUAUGGGCGCCCCACGAGAACAGGAAGAAGUGAGCAGUGGUGCGUCCACGUUUCGUGACCAAUUAGUUCGACGACGAUCUAGAAUGCGGAUGGGCGACAAUCAAGACGACGAUGACGACGAGGAGGAGGACGAAGAAGAAGAUGAACAAAUUGUCCACGAAGAUGGAGAUUGGGCAAAUUUGCAAAUUUUACACCACACAGCCAAACUUUUAGAGAUAUCUACGAGACAGUCGUCAAUUCAGAUCAGUGGGUUACGUCAAAGUUUGGAGGAGAAGGAACGCGACCUGUCCCAACUGAGAGAUCAACUGCGCCAACAAGAAGAAAGGGAACGUCAUUUAGUCGAGCAAAAUCGUUUACUACGUGUCCAACUACUCGCAGCGACGACAGAGCAGCAGCAACAGUCGGCGUCUACGCCAUCCUCAUCUGCUGGCACUGGUGUCGACAAAGAGGUUCAGGUCGAACAUUUCGACAUGGUCGCACGCCCACAAAGAUACAAUCGUGGUGGGGCCGCCCUGCCACCAGAGCUUGUUCCACAUCCUUCCCUCGCAACUGUUGCGCCACGCCAAUCUUCGCCACAGCAGCCACGAUGUGAAAGUGGAAGACGUGGAAGCGAGGGGGUCAGAUUAGAAGCGCCCUCGUCAACCUCACACCUUCCUGAUCGACGUCCGGUUCGAACACGAGGCUGGAGAUCUGCUUCACCACAAGAAACAGACGAUGGUGACAUUGCAGGGGACGCUAUAAUCGAGAGAGACGAAUUUUUGGCGUCUCGAAAUAAUCACGCGAUCCGAGUGAAGAGUAGAGCUUAUCAUGGACUCGCUGCCGUUCGACCCCUCGUUCAACGACGAAACGGGAUGAAGUCUGGUGGUAAAGUUGUGGGGUAUCGGUGGCGACAUUUUGCAGAACACCCAUUCUUAGACGAAAAUGGUCUUCCUAAGGACAACCAAACACAAGGCGAGGAUAAUGAUCAACAAGAUGAUGAUCCGCCUCCAGUUGGAGAGCAGCAGGAUGAUAAUGAAGGAGACGAGGAGACCAGAGAAGAUAAAGAACAAGAAAAGGGUGAUGAUGACGAUGAUGACGAAUUGCCCCCAGAAGAAGAUGACUACGAAGGAGUUGGUGAAGUUCUUGCCGUGAUUGAUCUCGUUGAGGACGAAGAUUGUGGUCGAGUUAUUCAGGAGUGUGAACCAGAAGCACAAACGAGCACGCCUACUCCCAGCACCGCAGAAGAAGCGAAAUUAUCCGACCAACCGGCACCAGCAACCCCUUCUACUUCUGCAUCAAUACCAACGUCGUCGCCACCAGUGACGAGAUCCACCAAGAGGAAGGUUGUCACGGACAAAAACAUAAAACCAGAACUGGGAGGAAGCAUGCCUAAAAUCAUGAAAGUGGGGAAAAAUCACAAGGCGGAUGAUGGGGUAGAAGUUCCAAAGUGGCGAGAACUAAUUUUUACCCACAUCGUCCGAGAAGACGAAGAACCGAGGGAGUGCAAUGAGGAGGACGUUUCAGAAGCAGCCCAGCUACGACGACAUGCCAAACUCGAGUUGGACGAGAGACGAAGAAAACGUUGGGAUUCGCAGAGAGUUCGAGAAGAGACAUAUUUAGAAAAAUUGAAGCGAAAAAUGGAAGAGAGAGAACAGCAGCGAGGCAAAAGGAAGAAAUCUGGGACGGGGCCUGGACGAAAAGUGUCGGGAGUUGUGGCGACGACAUCAUGCAAAGGAACAAAGGGAGCGACAACGUCUGCCGCGUUGGCGUCGUCGGCUUCUGGAGGUGCUAUUACUUCUGGUAAAGAGAUGAACAAGUCGUCAUCUUCCAAGUCGACGGGAGGAAUGGGUGGAAACAAGAACAAAAUUGGUGCUGGAAUGAAGGAGAAUAAACCUGCUGGUGGGGACAACUCGGAUGACGAGGAUGGUGAUUUGGACGACGGUGACAUUCUCUACAUUCGUGUGGCGGAUGAUAUUCCAAUUGCCGUCUUUGGUCAUCCGAUCCCUGUGAUUGAGAAGGCUGAAUUUCAACUGCCCUGGGUGUUCCAUGAAGAUGACGAAGAUGGGAUUUUUGAUGAUGAUGAGAGUCCACCUCCAUCGCCACCGGAAAUGGGAAAGCAUCCCUUCGAAGAACCUCCUCCUCAUCUCACGAGUCCUCAGAGAAGAAUGGCCAUGCUAAAGCGGAAGAUUUUGAGGAGAGCGAUGAAACCACUGCAAGCACGAGCCAUGAAGAAUAGAAUGAGCUUAAACAAGACGACCGGAAGUGUGUCGAAUAGUGUGACCGCCACUCCUCCUCUCGUCAGUCCGGUGGUGUCAUCCUAUUUAGAAAAUAUUAACUCUAAUAAUGAGAUUGGAGGAGGAAGAGAAGAAGAAGAAUCACCAUCAUCGUCCACUGCUCCCACUUCCGGUACUGGUGACGAUCUUCCCCCCUCUUCUUUAGCAAAACUAAGUGUGACUUCUUGGCUGAGAUGAUACAUAUAUCCUAAUUUAUAGUAGUAGAAUGUUAGAUAGUAUUUAGAAUGUUAAUUUUAAUUUAUUAAUUUUAACGCUUUAUUUUUUUAAAGAUUUGACAAAUUAGUGAAUUGAGGUUUUAAUUUAGUCUUGAAAUUUUUUAGCAAUGAAAUGAAGAUGUGAUCUCAUUUAUUUUAAAGGGUUUAAACCCGAAGGUAAUUAUAAUAAUAUUUUUGUACGUAUAUUGUACCUAACUAUGAAAUAAUGAAUAUCAUGGAUCUCUCUAUCUCUUGUUAAUCUAUUCUUCGUUUGUGACAAUGAAGAAUGUUUUUGGAAAAUAUAUGUCUUAUCUAAAAA